GAAGACUGAGGAUUCAGUUCUAAACCUACUGACUCCAGAUCAGUUCUCUCUGGGAAGUAUCCUCACCAGUCUGCUGGCAGUGAGGGGACCCAAAGGAAGGGGAAUAUCCUCUCCCAUUCUGACUUUGGGGUCAGAAUGCAGAAUUGAGGGUCCCUGGUGGGUUCUACCCAGCUCUCUUGAUUUCCCUUGUCCCUAUUCAUCCUGCUCCCACAGACAUGGCAACCCUGGACCCAGGCCAAUCAGCCAGGCUCGAUGACAUCAGUCACUACCAGCAACAGGCAGCUGGUCACCCACCCACUCUCUGUGCGUCUUUGGAAGAACAGCUACAAAAGGUGAAGGAGCAGCUACAGGAGCUGGGAGUCCUGGUGGCAGAACUCAGGGGACAGAACAUGGACCUGCAGACCAGGGUAAAACAUCUAGAGUCCUGUGAAUGCCGUAGACCCCCUUGCACCUGGCAGGGCCAGGAGUGGCCAGAGGGAGCCCACUGGGAGCCAGAUGGCUGCACCUCCUGUGUCUGCCUGCAGGGAAGGGCUCAGUGUUCUGCCGUCAGGGAUGUGACCCACUGUCUUGGAUGCCACCAUGGAGGCCAGGCUUAUAGCAGCGGGGAGACCUUCUCCCUAGAUGCUUGUACCACCUGUCACUGUCUGGAAGGAAAGGUGACAUGUAGCCAGUCACUAUGUUCACGGCAGCCCUGCCUGGAGCCUAGGACAUGCUGCCGGAGCUGUGAGCCAGAGCCCCAAGGCCGCGUCAUCUGUCCUGGAGACAGAAAGGAUGGAGAAACGUGGCAUCCGGAGCCCUGUAUCAGCUGCACUUGUCAGGAUGGGACUGUUCAGUGCCUGGAGGCCUCAUGUCCGGAGCUCCACUGCCUGGAGAGCUACACCCCCCCGGGGCAGUGUUGUCCAGUCUGUCGGCCAGGCUGUGAGUAUGAGGGUCAGCAUCAUGAGGAGGGGGCAGUCUUCCUAUCCAGCUCCAACCCUUGCCUUAACUGCACCUGUCUGAGGAGCCUGGUUCGCUGUGUGCCCGUGAAAUGCCCGCCCAGCCCCUGUCCCAAUCCGGUCUCAAGGCUUGGACACUGCUGCCCAAGCUGCCCAGUGUGUGUGCUCAAUGGACAGGAGUUUGCUGAGGGGGCCCACUGGGAGCCUGAAGGGCAGCCCUGUACCACCUGCUCUUGCCUCCGGGGUGUUCCUGUGUGCAGGGCUGUGGCCUGCACCCCACCUCCCUGCCAGCAUCCCACUCAGUCCCCUGGUACCUGCUGCCCUAGGUGUGAGAGCUGUACCUACCAGGGACACAUCUAUGCCAAUGGGCAGAACUUCACCAACCCCAGCCAGCCGUGUCACACCUGCCACUGCGAGGAUGGGACAGUCCUGUGUUCUCCAAUUGACUGCCCACCCACAACCUGUAUCAGGCCUCAGAAAGGACCAGGCCAGUGCUGCCCUAGGUGUCCAGACUGUGUAUUGGAGAAUCAGGUAUUUGUGGAUGGUGAAAGUUUCUCUCAUUCCCGGGAUCCCUGCCAAGAAUGCCAGUGCCAGGGAGGCUGGGUCCACUGCCAGCCUCGAGCUUGCCCAGGACCCCCCUGUGCCCAUCCAUUACCUGGCUCCUGCUGCAAGAGCAAAUGCAAUGGUUGUGACUUUGGGGGAAAAGAGUAUCCCAAUGGAGUUGACUUCCCCCAUCCUACAGAUCGGUGCAGGGUCUGCCACUGCAUUAAUGGGAAUGUGCAGUGCUUAACUCAACGGUGCCCCCCGCUGCCUUGCCCAGAGCCUUUUCUAUCUCCGGGAGAGUGUUGUCCACAAUGCCCAGUGCCCCCAGCUGACUGCUUGGUUCCUGGGAUGCCCUCUGCCCAUCACCAGCAAUACUUCUCCCCACCUGGGGAUCCAUGUCGCCGCUGCCUCUGCCUCAAUGGUUCCAUUUCUUGCCAGAGACUUCCCUGUCCUCAAACAUUCUGCACCCACCCCCUGCAAGGGGACUGCUGCCCCUCCUGUGAUGGCUGCUUAUAUAAUGGAAAGGAGCUGUCCAAUGGGCAACGCUUCACCUCCCAAACGUCCCCAUGUCAAAUAUGCCUCUGCUGGGAGGGCAGUGUCACCUGUGAGGCAAAAUCCUGUGCCCCUGUCCAGUGCCCCUUCCCUAUCCAAGAGUCCUGCUGCCCAGUCUGUGAUGGGUGUGAGUACCUGGGGCAGCGGUACCUGAGCGUUCAGGAGUUCCCAGAGCCAGAAAAUCCAUGUAAUUACUGUACCUGCAUUGGGGGUUUUGUCUCCUGUGAUCGUAGACCCUGUGACCAGCCAAGCUGCAGCCACCCACUCACCUUGCCUGGGCACUGUUGCCCCACCUGUGAGGGUUGCUUCUACAAUGGGAUCACUACUGCCCAAGGAGAAACCUUUCCUGACCCCAUUGAUUCUGCUUGCUCCUACUGUACCUGCCAAGCAGGCUCUGUGCAGUGCCUAAAGAAGCCAUGCCCACCAGCUCUCUGCUCUCACCCUACCCCAGGACCCUGUUCCUGCCCCACCUGCCAAAGCUGCAGCUUUGAGGGGCGUGAAUACCAGGAUGGAGAAGAGUUUGAAGGUCCAAAGGGCAGCUGUGAGCAGUGUUACUGUCAGGCUGGGAAUGUGUACUGUAAGAGAGUGCUAUGCCCUUCACUAUCCUGUGUUCUCCAAGUGACAGAAGCUGGGACUUGCUGCCCCCGCUGUAGAGGAUGCCUGUCCCCAAAUGGGGAACACCCCGAGGGCAGCAGCUGGACCCCUCUGGAUGCCCCCUGCUCCUCCUGCAUGUGCCAUGAGGGUGUCAUUACCUGUGCCCGUGUCCGCUGUGUCAGCUCCUGUGCCCAUCCCCAACAGGAGUCUACAGACUGCUGCCCACUCUGCAAAGAUUGUGUGUAUGAAGGCCAGAAGUAUGAACCAGGGGAGAGUUUCCAGCCAGGCAAAGAUCCCUGUGAAGUCUGCAGCUGCGAGUUGUCACCAGGGGGCACUCCACGCCUACGGUGCUACCGGAGAUACUGCCCCAGCUUGGUGGGCUGCCCUCCUAAUCAGCUCCUGCCCCCGGGUCCCCAGAAUUGCUGCCCUACAUGUACCCAAGCCCUGAGUAACUGCACUGCUGGCCUGCUGGGGAGGGAGCUGACCCCACCAGACCCCUGUUACACCUGUCAAUGUCAGGACCUCACUUGGCUCUGUAUUCACCGCACCUGCCCCCACCUCAGCUGUCCUCCUGCCGAGCAGCACACCGUCCCCGGGACCUGCUGCCCUAUUUGCAGAGCCCCCAGUCCUUCCUGCUCCUAUAAGGGCCAUGUGGUGCCCUCAGGUGAGCAUUGGGUGGUGGAUGAAUGCACCAGCUGCUCCUGUGUGGCAGGCACAGUGCAAUGCCGCAGUCAGCACUGUUCUCUGAUUACCUGUGACCUUGAGGAAGCCCCCGUCCUGGAUCCCGGGAGCUGCUGUCCCCGCUGCCUCCCUCGCCCGGCUUCCUGCCUGGCCUUCGGGGACCCGCACUAUCGCACCUUCGAUGGCCGCCUGUUUCACUUCCAAGGUUCCUGCAGUUACGUACUAACCAAAGACUGCCACGGGGGAGACUUCAGCAUCCACGUGACCAACGAUGACCGGGGCCGGAGGGGUGUGGCCUGGACCAAGGAGGUGACCGUGCUUCUGGGAGACGCGGUCAUUCGGCUUCUGCAAGACCGAGUGGUCACGGUGGAUGGACACACUGUCUCCCUGCCCUUCCUGAAGGAGCCCUUCCUCUACGUGGAGCUGAGAGGAGGCACCGUGUUCCUGCAUGCCCAGCUGGGCCUUCAGGUGCAGUGGAACGGGCAGUCCCAGGUGGAGGUCACCUUACCAGGCUCCUACCGAGGCCGGACCUGUGGGCUUUGUGGGAACUACAACGGUUUCACCCAGGAUGAGCUGCAGGGUCCCUCCGGGCUACUCCUACCCUCCGAGGCUGCCUUUGGCAACAGCUGGCAGAUCCCAGAAGGGCCCGGGCUCAGCCAGCCAUGCAGCCCGGGCCGGGAGGUGGAUCCCUGCCGGGAGGCAGGCUACCGAGCCCGGCGGGAGGCCAAUGCCCGCUGUGCCAUGCUGAAGUCCUCAGCUUUCCAGCGCUGCCACCAGGCUGUGCCCCCCGAUCCCUUCUUUGCUGCUUGUGUCUAUGAUCUGUGUGCCUGUGGGACUGGUGCCUCUGCUGACGCCUGCCUUUGUGAUGCCCUGGAGGCCUACGCCGCCCGCUGUCGCCAGGCAGGCAUCACUCCCACCUGGAGGGGUCCGACCCUCUGUGUGGUGGGCUGCCCCCUGGAUCGAGGCUUCAUCUUUGAUGAGUGUGGCCCUCCCUGCCCCCAGACCUGCUACAACCGACAUGUACCUCUGGGUGAGCUAGCAGCCCACUGUAUCCGGCCCUGUGUACCUGGCUGCCGGUGCCCAGCGGGGCUGGUGGAGCAUGAAGCUCACUGCAUCUCUCCUGAGUCCUGCCCCCCUGUCUUGCUUACCAUGGAGCCAAAGCCCACCUCUAACCAACACCUUCCGAGUCAAACCUGAGUGCUGUCUGGGAGCCCCUGGGACUAGGAUUCAUUAAAAAUUGGGGGGGGGGGGAGGGUUUCAGUUACUUCCCACCUUGACACUUUCCCUUUGGAAACCAGCCUCUCAUGGUCAGACAGCCUAUCACCUUCCACACCAGCUCCAACUAGGUUCACCAUCCAUCUUCCUUCUUAAAGUGGCCCAAGGGGUGGGGUCACUCCCAUGAGUUGUUGGAGAACUUGCAAUCAGCCCAUCUUGGCCUAGGGAAAUAAAAAGGAGCAGCUGGGGAACAUUAUGCCCAACCUGGGAUUCAAGGAAUAUGUGACCAGAGGCCAAAGUGAGGCUCCCCACUGUAACCUGUGUUUGAAACAUUAAAUGCUUCCUGGGCCCCUCUUUGCAGCUUCCAUUCAUCUCUCUCUACAAAGGCCCCAAGCCACGGUCUCAGUUUGAUUGGAAGGGGUCCAGCCACCACUAUUCCCAGACUACACAAAGAAGACAUGUUUUUCUGAAGGGAUGCAGCCAAAGUUCUAGAAAUAAUGAAAGCUGGAAAAGGGUAUUACAUGGGAACAGCCCUAGCUCUUUGCUCAUUCCUUAGUUCUUUUCCUAUGAAGAAAAUUCUGGUCUAAUCCCAAGUUUCUUAAAUUAUGGUUCACAACUUCAUAUGGGGUCUCAUAAUUGAAUGUGGAGAUUGUGAAAUUAUGAUUAUCAG